CCUUCCUCUAUCUGACAGAUUAGAAGUGAAAGAUGGGGGAGAGGGUGGUAGUAGGUAGAUACUGGUGUUACAUAUGUUCACAAAUGGUGAAUCCAACAAUGGAGGCAGCGAUCAAAUGUCCAUUUUGUGAAUCUGGAUUCCUUGAAGAAAUCACCAGCAUCAGACCUCACUCCCACAACAAUGGCGGAAAUGAUUCAGGAUCAAUCAGCAGUGUUUCCAUUUGGGCUCCAAUCUUGCUUGGUUUGAUUGGUGGUUUAGGCUCUUCCCAGUUGCGCCUCACGAGCAGGGCCCAAACCAACGAUGCCGAUGAUCCCACGGAUGACGAACUUGGAAGAGAGUUCGAAUCCUUGGUUAGGAGGAGAAGAAGAGGCUCGGGUUCCGGUAUUCGGAUGCUUCAGGACACGAGAACCGAAUCAGAGAAUAUUGAAAGGGGUGGUGGUUCUGACCGUGCUGGAGGCAGUCGAAUGAUCUUGUUCGAUCUGUUCAACGACGAGGCCUUGAUCGUUCAGGGUUCGUUUGGUUUCAGCAACGGACAAAGCUCAAAUCCAAGGUCAGUCGUUUCCUUUAGUCAUUACCUACUGGGACCUGGUUGGGAUCUUCUGUUACAGUAUUUGUCCGAGAAUGACCUGAGUCGCCACGGAAGCCCACCGGCAAAGAAAGAAGCAGUGGAAGCAAUGCCGAACGUUACCAUUGAUGACAAUGUACAAUGCUGUGUAUGCUUAGAAGAUAUUGAGAUGGGGAGCCAAGCAAAAGAGAUGCCAUGUAAACAUAAGUUCCAUGGUGAAUGCAUUAUUCCAUGGUUGGAGCUUCAUAGCUCUUGCCCUGUUUGCCGGUUCCUGCUUCCUUCGGACGGCGAAAAGGUCGAAGGGAAUAGCGCCGGAAACGGAAGCCGGAGUGGCGGCAGGGCGGGAAAUCGAAGGAGGUACUGGAUACCGAUUCCAUGGCCUUCUGAGGGUUUAGUGACUUUAUCAGGUUCUUCUCAAACUGGUUCUUCUUCUACUUCAACUGCUUCAUUGGAAGCCAUGCCUGGAAACUCAAGUGGAGCUCAGACAGAUGACAAUUGAUAAUAAACA